CCGGUCCAGCGGCCGACGACCCGCGGGCAGGCACUGCCGGGCUGCACUACCUCGGGCCGGCUCCCGGCGAAGCUCCCAGAGGGGCGGCCCUGCGCCCGGAGCCGGGGCACCCGCGAGCUCCCCCGGCCCUUCCCGCUCCGCGGAGGGGCGGCGCAGAGCUGGAGCAUCCGCGGGGCCCAGGGCGCCGCUGACUGCCUCCGGCAGCCCGGCGCGCAGGGGCUCCCCACGCGCCCGCCCCCGGUGGCGGGAGCGGCGGCGAGAUGGCGGCGCGUGUCGGCCUCCUGCUGCGCGCCCUGCCGCUGCUGCUGUGGGGCCGCUUGGACGCCCAGCUCUCCGAGCGCCGAGGCCAGGAGCUGCGCAGGGAGGCGGAGGCAUUCCUGGAGAAGUACGGAUAUCUCAGUGAGCAGGUCCCCAGAGACCUCACCGCGGCAAGAUUCGGCAAUGCCAUCAGGGAGUUCCAGAGGGUAUCUCAGCUGCCCAUCAGCGGCGUGCUAGACCCCGCCACCCUGCGCCAGAUGACACGGCCCCGCUGUGGGGUGGCAGACACAGACAGUCAGGCGGCCUGGACCAAGAGGGUCAGUGCCCUGUUUGCUGGACGCCGGGCCAAAAUGAGGCGUAAGAAACGCUUUGCAAAGCAAGGCAGCAAGUGGUACAAGCAGCACCUCUCCUACCGCCUGGUGAACUGGCCACAGCACCUCCCAGAGCCAGCAGUUCGUGGGGCCGUGCGUGCCGCCUUCCAGCUGUGGAGCAAUGUCUCGGCGCUGGAAUUCUGGGAGGCCCCAGCCACAGUCCCCGCUGACAUCCGCCUCACCUUCUUCCAAGGGGACCACAACGACGGGCUGGGCAACGCCUUUGAUGGCCCAGGGGGCGCCCUGGCGCACGCCUUCCUGCCCCGCCGGGGCGAAGCGCACUUCGACCGCGACGAGCGCUGGUCCCUGAGCCGCCGCCGCCGCGGGCGCAACCUGUUCGUGGUGCUGGCGCACGAGAUCGGCCACACGCUCGGCCUGCCGCACUCGCCGGCGCCGCGCGCGCUCAUGGCGCCCUACUACAAGAGGCUGGGCCGCGACGCGCUGCUCAGCUGGGACGACGUGCUGGCCGUGCAGGGCCUGUAUGGGAAGCCCCAGGGGGGCUCCGUGGCCAUUCAGCUCCCAGGAAAGCUGUUCACUGACUUUGAGGCCUGGGACCCCCACAGACCACAGGGAAGGCGCCCCGAAAUCCAGGGUCCUAAAUAUUGCCACUCGUCCUUCGAUGCCAUCACUGUAGACGGGCAACAGCGCCUGUACAUUUUUCAAGGAAGCCACUUCUGGGAGGUGGCGGCGGACGGCAAUGUCUCAGAGCCACGCCCACUACAGGAAAGGUGGGCGGGGCUGCCCCCCCACAUUGAGGCUGCUGCGGUGUCAUUGGACAGUGGGGACUUCUACUUCUUCAAAGGGAGCCGAUGCUGGAGGUUCCGGGGCCCCAAGCCAGUAUGGGGUUCACCACAGCUGUGCCGGGCAGGGGGCCUGCCCCGCCACCCCGACGCGGCCCUCUUCUUCCCGCCUCUGGGCCGACUCAUCCUCUUCAAGGGUGCCCGCUACUACGUGCUGGCCCGAGACGGACUGCAGGUGGAGCCCUACUACCCGCGAGACCUGAAGGACUGGGGUGGCGUCCCCGAGGAGGUCAGCGGCGCGCUGCCACGGCCGGACGGCUCCGUCGUCUUCUUCAGGGAUGACCACUACUGGCUCCUUGACCAGGCCAGACUGCGGGCGACCGCCUCGGGCCGCUGGGCCGCAGAGCUGCCCUGGAUGGGCUGCUGGCACGCCAAUUCGGGGGGCGCCCUGUUCUGAAGACGCUCCGACCCCUUAGUGGAUUGUCGGUGCCCUUGUGGCCAACGUGUGUCCCCUGCCCCAGGAGCGGGACCUGCCUUGGAAGCCUCCGAGCUUCCCUGCAGAAGACCAGGCGGGAAAGUUUGUGUUUGUUUCCUGGAGAAUUGCUUUGUGCUCUUAAGACCCCGAUCUUUGUGGGAUCAGUCCAAGGAGAAGCCAGAAAGGGUCUCAGACCGCACAGCCCUUUCCCAGAGGACCCUCCUCCCCAAGCCUCGGGGAUUUUGUUUCUUCUGCUAAAGGUGCACUUCCUGUCCAUGAGGCGACAGCGCUGGGCGGCCAGGGAGGAUGCAAAACUUGAUGGAGAGGUUGGGACCACUUUGCAAGACUGACUCCUUCCCCUCAGGACCUCCCUGGCUCAGUUUUUGGAGAAUUGUGUCUUUUUAAAUGAGAAGCCUCACCUCCAGGAAGCUUGGGUGGGUUGGGUACAAGGAUUUCCAACCUCAGAGAGCCGUGGGGGUCGGGGUGGGGGGGAGGUCAGGACCCAGAGCAAGAGGGAGACUGAUGCAGGCCUGCUGGGCCCCACUGGAAUAAAGCGGUGCCCCCAGCUGGUGGGCCCGGAAGCAGGCAUCAGCCUUCCUUGGAAUGGUUUCCAGUGAGAGCACGGAUGCUGGAGCGGCUGGAACAAUGUUCUUUCCCAUCCAAG